CUAAAUGACUAUGUGGAGAACCCAGGUGAAAUGCACAAGAGCUCCAGGAAGAAAGCCAGGAUAAAGAGAUCAGAAGAUGAAGUGUGUUGCCGUGCUGGUGUGGCUGAGCUGCCUCCUCCCUCUGGGACGCUCUGCUUCUGAGAGCAACAGGUGUGACAGUCUGCUAAAACCAAUCGCCGUCAGUAAUGAAGAGAUGCUGGGUAAAUGGAUUUACAUUGGGGGGAGCUCCAACAUCCCAGGAAGCCGCUCCCUGGCCCACAUGAUGUCCAGCGCCUGGUUGAACCUGACUGUCACCUCCCAAAGCAACGUCCUCAACCUCGUCCAGACGCAGAAGAUGGUUGGCCAGUGUUCCAGCAUAUCAUAUGAUGUAAUUUUUGAAAACAGCACAAUGGUUAUUGAGAAACCGUUCUAUCUGAAGGAAAUCUAUCUGCCAACUGAGUGCCCAGACUGUCUGGUUGCUGCUGAGGAAAUUGUUUCUGGGCCCGAUGAAUUUACCAGCCUUCUAAUGUUUAGUAGGAGCAGAAAUGUCCCGCCUGCUGCUCUGGAGAUGUUAAGGGAACAAGCAGAAUGUCUUGAGAUGGUUCCUCCCAUCAUUUUAGAUCCAAACCACGAAAUGUGUCCCGACAACAUCCCUCGCUCUGACGGCCUGAGUGCCCUGAACUCCUUGUUGGAGGCCAAGACCGGACAACGUGUGGCCAGAUUCCUGGAUGCUGUUUUUGAUUUUUUUGUGAACUGAGGGUGCAUUACAUUUGACUUUCCCUCGGUGUCGGACACACGAAAAGUUCAAGUAAAUGAACCCGUAAGGCGGCCCAGCAAUCAUUUUUACAAAAAAUCAGGGAAUCCCAUGUCCCUCAUAUUCAUGUGACAGAGAGCCAAACACCAGCAGAAAUUGUCAACCCUGAUUUUAACUAAAAUGAGACAUUUUUCUGUUCAAAUUUAUUUUGUAAAAAUCCUCAUGAACUUGUUCUAAAUCUUGAAAUGUAUGAAAACCAUACAUUUUAGUUUAAGUGUAAGAAAAAUUUUUAAGUUCAAUAAAAUAUUUACAAAAUAAUA